AUGAUCAUCCGGAAGAACUACGGUGCCACCCACUUCAUCAUCGGGCGGGACAUGGCUGGUACGAAGAGCACCAUUGACGGCGAGGAUUUCUAUGGAGCCUACGACGCCCAAGAAACCGGCAAGAAGUACUCUGCGGAGCUCGGUGUGACGGUGACCCACUACGAGAACAUGGCCCCUCCGUGGACUUCAUUCAUCUUCAGAUCCCUUUGA